UGUUCAACUCCAUCCUGGUGGGCGAGUUAUGUCAGGCUCACGACAAGGAAAUACCUAUUUUUAGGCAGACAGGUGAGAGCGUGACGGAGGGGUUGUACCGGGCCACCUUCCUCAUCCAGCGCAUCAUGGACAUGGAACAGUCAGAGCGGGAAGCCAGGUUCGUCGUCAAGCCUGGUGUUGACACCGAGCUCGAUGACAAAAAACGUCGUUUCAACGGUCUGGGCGAAGUGAUGCGUCGGAUUGCGGAGUUAGAGCUGACCCAUUUACCUGAGGAGGUCGAAUCCUGCUGUAUCAUCUACCUGCCUCAUGUGGGCUACCUUCUUGCCUUUUCCCCCACACCCGCCUUCAACGACACCCUCAGCGCCCACGACUACACCCUACCCGGCCUCGAAUUUAUGUUCAAGACAGCUGACAUGGUCCUAUACAAGAGCCAAACUUGUUUGGAGUUGGACCGUGAGCUGGGAGACAUCCAGGUGGAGAUCGCGAACCACGAGACGCGGAUCAUGAUGCGUCUGGUGGAGACUGUGGUGCAGCAGGCGCAGCACUUCCUCGCUCUCCUCCAACACAUCCUCAUGCUUGACUGCCUGCUGGCGUUUUCUGUGGUGUCUCGGGAGUGUGGGUGGGUGAGGCCGGAGUUGAGAGAGGAACCAAUGUUGGAGAUACAGGAGGCACGUCACCCACUGUACGAGCUAUGUACACCCACCUUCGUCGCCAACCCCAUCAGGAGUGGUCGCCCAUCGCACCAGUGCAUCACUCUCGUCACUGGACCCAACGCCAGCGGCAAGACUGUCUACCUCAAACAGGUGGGUGUGAUAGCAGUGCUGGCACAGGUGGGGUGUUGGGUACCUGCCCGGCGGGCAUGUUUGAGGCCCCUGGACGCUAUCAUCGCCGUCACACAGACCACGCCCCCUGUCACCUCCGCACUCUCCACCUUCAUGCUGGACCUCACCAGGAUGUGUGCGGCGCUGGCCAGGGCUACCCAGUAUUCUCUUGUUAUUAUUGACGAAUUCGGUGCCGCCACUUAUGAGAAUGAUGGCGCCGCUCUCUUGACGGCUUGCCUUGAUUACUGGAGCGAACUGGCAGCCCCAAGACGCCCCGCGGGAAGCUGCAGACGCAGGAAGAGAGGGCGAGAGGAUGGCAACAGCAACAGUAGUCACAGGAGGGAGGAAGAUGAAGAAAUCAACAGCAGCAGCAACAGUGGUAUAGGGCAAGGAAGAGUAGAUGAGGGAGCCCCGCCACACGUGUUCGUGUCGACCCAUCUGCUACAGGUGUAUGAUCACCUGCUGAACCCUGAGGCUGUACGAUGUCUGGUUCUGGAGGCCGUGGAGGAGGAUGGGGCGGUGGUGCCACUCUACCAGGUGGCUGAGGGUCGUGCCCACACCAGCUACGCCGCCGCCGUCGCCGCAAUCUCAGGAGUACCACAAAACCUCAUCCAGAGAGCCAACCAAGUGUAUGAAUGUAUCCGUGGUGGGCGUCUCCCUCCAAGGUGGUCCUUACUGGAGGACGAGAACGAGAGGAGGAGGUGUGAGGCUGUAGUGUCUCUCCUCCUCUCGCAUGAUCUCUCGAAGGAUCCUCUCCACAUCCUACUUGAAAAGGUGCGCGGUUAUAGUCAAAAGCCGGGGUCGCCUGGCCGUUCCCACCAUAUGACCAUGGAAUCCAGUGACUCGGCCAGAUUCCGCACUCCCUCCGGCACACCACGACGCAGUCGCAGCAGGAGAGAGAAGACCGACGGGGAAGCAAGUGAUGCCAGGUCUGCAUUAGAGAGCGGGACGAUGCUGCAGAGAGACGUCGCAAAUCCACUGAUAAAUUGCGUUGAGUCUGUCUUGUCAUCCAGAGCCUCAGGUCCUGUGCGAGAGUCGCAGGGAGCAUCCCAGGGCAAGCCUCAAUCGUCACCUAAAGUUUUGGCUGAGAUAACACCACAAGGCUCUUCACAGAACACACCCCAAGCCACGCCACACACCGCAUCCUGGGAUACUCCCAGGAUCAUGCACGCAGUAACUCCUCGGCUUAUGAAUCAAGGAACGCCUCGAGCCACGUCCAGGAAGACACCCGUAGUCAAGCCUCAAAUAACACCCCAGGCCAUGAAUCUGACAGUACCCCAAGUUGCUCAACAAACCAUGGGUCAAGCCACUCCACAGACCAGGGCACAAGUUACGCCACAGACCAUCGGUCAAGUCACUCCACAGACCAGGGCACAAGAUACGCCACAGACCAUGGGUCAAGCCACUCCACAGACCAUGGGUCAAGUUACGCCACAGACCAGGGCACAAGUUAUGCCACAAACCAUGGGUCAAGUGACGCCAUGGACCAGGGCACAAGUUACGCGACGGACCAUGGGUCAAGUCACGCCACAGAUCAAAUCACAAGUUACGCCACAGACCAUAGGCCAUAUCACUUCACAGACAAGAGACCAAAUCAGUCUACAGAACAAGGGACAACUCACUCCACAGACCAGGGAACAACUCACUCCACAGACCACAGAACACCUCACUCCACAAAACAGGGAACAACUCACUCCACAGACCAGGGAACAACUCACUCCACAGUCUAGGGCCCAGGUCACUCCACAAACGAAAACUCAAGCUAGUAACGAAACCUCCCUACACACUGUAGCCCAGCUCACCCCACAAACAAGAGUUCAAAGCACUCCACAGACCAGAGCUUACAUCGCCCAACAAACCUGGACCCAAGCCAACUCAGGGACCAGGGCUUUCGUUACACCCCAAAUAAUGGCUCAGUUAAAUCUUUCUGAGAGUUCCCAGCCUACUGGUGAAGCCACGCCCCAGGAGGGAGCACAGGGCCAGGUGAUGUCACGAAGAUCCGUGGCUCGUCUCCCACAAGGAAUUCAGAUGACUACAGAAAACAGAGCAUGUCCAUCAUUCGUCCCAGAGUCGCAAGGGCAGGUCUUCGUUUCCAUAACAGUGCCCACGACCUUCCACACGCCACUCUUCGGCGACUCUCAGGACAAUUCCCUCAAGCACGCACCUUCACUCGAUGCACAAAUCAGAAUUUCUCAAAUCCCUAAAGAGAAACCACAUAAUCCGAGUGAUGAGUUCAACAACUCAUAUGUUAGGCUCCCUUCAUCUGAACCUUGCACGCCAGGUACGGAGCCUUCGUUAAAAAUGGAGCCUGUUACACCGAUGAGUAGUUUCCCCACUACUGAUGGUCCUCACAACACACGACAGAUGGAAUCUGUUACCCCUCUGACUGUGCCUUUUGAUUCGAUCAACGAACCCUGCUCUGCAAAAUCCGAAAUUGUUACUCCAUUAACUCUGACGAAUACCCCAAAUACUUCAGAUAUCCCCGGAAUUCAACCUACGCUGAUGAUUUCACAUGCCACGGGAAUUUCACAAACACCAAAGAUUCCUUCAGCUUCAAGUACUACCCUAAACAAGAUGGGCAUUUAUAGCAAAGGAAGCAUGAAGCACCAUAUUACCCCAGAAUCGACGCUUGCUAGCAUCUCCUUGGAGACGGAAGAAUCCUUGCUAGAUUCCCCAGAACAGUAUUCAUCCAAUGUAUCCUCGUGUAGCCAAGAAAGCAUUCCAUUGACGAGGCAGUACUUUAAGCCCCCUAGUUUCAGCCAAUUCGGACAAGAUCAUCUCCAAUCCUCCAGAUUUAGUUUAUUCGGUCAAAAAGGUACCCAGGUCCGCAUGCCAGAGCAGAAGUAGACCAAACUGACACUGUGUACCUGUAAUAUACAUACAUACAGGACUUGAAUCUAGUGAGAAAAUAAUUUUUGUCGAAAACCUGCCAGUCCUCAGGUGUCAGCUCUGUGUACGUCCAAGUUUGUGAAUACACAUUCGCUUGUGUAUGUGUGUGUACUCACCUAUUUGUAGUUGCAGGGUUCGAUUCAGUUCCUGUGUAUGUUUGUGUGUGUGCGCGAGCUCGUCAACAUGUGUGCGUGUGCAAAAGCAGCAAUGAUUAUUUUACCUUUCCACUUGUGUGUGUGCACUAGUGUAUAUUUAUGUGCACGUGCAUAACUGCCUGCUUGUAUACAUGCUUGUGAGAGUGAGCACACGCCUGAUCAGUCUUAGUUGUUUCAUUAAUUCCAAUACUUUUCUUUCUAUUGUAACUAGACUUAAAAGUAAAUUCCUCAUUUUUCUCACAAUCGGGACGAUUUAAACUGUUAAACUAUUAUGACUUAAUACAUCACGAAGAAAGGACAGCCUUGAUAUUGAUGUGCUUUAUCGAUUCCAGAACUCCAAACCCUCUAAUUAUUUUAAUAGAAAAAACAAAAUAAAUUUUUUUUGGCAAAAUUUUGCUGAGGAAUUUAGAAAUUAUAUUUUGUAUGUGGUUUAGUUAUUUAUUGUAUGUUUCUUGCAUUUAGAAAAUUUAUAAGAUAAACAAAGAGGUAUUGCCGUGAAUAAAAUAAGGAAUUAAUAAUGCUUUUUUAAGGAUGUCUUAUAAUAAAUUUCAAGCAGAAGAGAGCUCAUCCAUCUAUAAAAUUCUCAAACUUCUGCUUUAUCUGAUAAUUAAAAUAUUUUGUUAUUGAUAAAUGAUCCACGAUUUUUGUAGAUUAUUGAAGCGUGACAUGAGGAGAAAUGUAUUUACGACUUUGUAACAAAAACAGAUCCCACACAGU